AUGUUAUUCAUAAGAGAAAGUAAGAGAAUUAUUUCAGCUGCACUAUUUGAAGUUGAUGAAAGUUUUAUCUUUGAACAUUUACUUUGUCAAGCAAAUAGUGAUUAUGUUUCUGAAAAGAUUGUUAAAGUUGAUGUUCAACCAAAAGAUAUGAAUACAUGGCACAAAGUAGUAUCUGGCAUAGAUGCAAGUUUAAAAAUAUGUAUACGAAAAGAACAAAAUAUAUCACAUAUUUGGUUCACUGUUCAGAAUGAACAGUUAGUAUUUUCUUUAAGUCAAAUUCUUUCAACAUCUAAUGUUUUUAAUGAAAUAAUGAAUUCAGUAAUCAAAAAAAUUUUAUCAAAUUUAAAACUAAUAAUGAAUCAUAAUGACUGA